ACAGGGAGGAAGAGGGAGGAGCGUAGCUGCGCUGAAGCUGAGCCCCUCGAUGCCUCAGCAUGCAGGGUAGAGCAGACGGCACCAACCAACAAACACACUCCCAUCUCAGUUACAUGCACAGUCACACACACAUAAACACCACCGCCGCUGACACCGUGCACGCACACAGUGAUGGCUGCCAAGCGCAGUGGGACGCAAGCCGUCAGGGAAAGAGCUUGAGGAGAAAGAGAGGGAUCGCAGAGAGGAAGACAAGGGAAGAGAGUUGGAGGAGGCACCUAGUGGAUCAGAAAGGAUUUUCCUCAGUGCGAGUUCCGUGUCUGGAUAAAGCUGCCCGCUUCUUCCUGAGCGAGAGGAGUUUGCGCUGAGGCUUUCUUGCUCAUCCUUCACGUCAGGCUCCGGCGAUAUCUAAGUAUCUAUCCCCAAAGCUUAACAAAAGAGGGAGGGAGUGAGAGAGUGAGGGGGGAAAAAAAGGGCAGUCACAGCUUCAGUUCUGGACCACCCGUUCGCUCUUCUCUCGAGCGUCACAUCCAUUUGUGAGUUCAUCAUUGAUUUCACUGUCUUUUGAAGAUACAACAGAGGACAGCGUGUGGUCCCCGGGAUACAGCCAAGCUUCCAGUGGGAUCUUGUCUGGCGGGAGACGGAGGCAGACAGGUAACCGGAUACACAGGAAGAGAGAAAGACAUUGGAAAGCAAUUUGUGGAACAUGGUCUGGGCAGCAGAGAAGAAGAGAGAGUCCGAUUUUUAAAGCCGAGAGUACAAGGGACCGGCAUCCAGAUUCUAUCCAAUCCUCCCUCCCUCCUCCUCCUCCUCCUCCUCCUCCUCCUCACUAUCCUUCUCUUCUUGCCUCUCCUUUUACUCUUUCUCCGUCCGGCUGCUGCUCCUUUGUUUCAUGUGUUGCCUCCGACUAUCCUUUCUUAUCCUCCUUUCCUAACCCUGCACCUCUUUCUUCCAAAACCCUCUUUGGUUGCCUCGCCGGACUCUGUCGUCCUCCUUCUAGAUCCGCUACAAGAAUGGUGCUGUGAGCGUCCUCGUGAACUCCGACACAUUUAGGCAGAAAUCCCAGGACAACUGGCCCCUCUCUGUCCAUAGCUUCCUCUGUGAGUUCAUCGCAUACCUCUCGGUGACAGGAUUGGGGCUUUUCUCUCUUUGCGCCCUCAACUCUUGGAAACAGUCAUCUGAAGGAUCCAAGCGCGCCCUUGGGAGUCAUCAUACCCCACAUUCGACCUUCUAUCUCCAGACGUCAGGACCUUCAGUUGGAUUCCAGCUACAUGGGAAAACGUUUGGAGCAGCAGCCAAUGUACCCCCACUACACCUACUACUAUCCCCACUAUCUCCAGACCAAGUCUUAUGCUCCUCCACCCAUGGCCCCACCCAGCCCCAGCACCACAGGAGGAGGAGGAGGCGGAGGAGGUCAAGGAGGAUGCCUGGUGGAGCAGCUCAGUAAGACCAACCUCUACAUCAGAGGCCUGCCACCCGCCACCACUGACCAGGACCUCAUCAAACUUUGUCAACCAUAUGGGAAGAUUGUGUCAACAAAGGCUAUUCUGGACAAGAACACUAAUCAGUGCAAAGGCUAUGGCUUCGUGGACUUUGACAGCCCUGCAGCAGCCCAGAAAGCUGUAGCCUCGCUCAAAGCCAGCGGGGUCCAGGCACAGAUGGCGAAGCAACAGGAGCAGGACCCCACAAACCUUUACAUCUCCAACCUGCCCGUGUCCAUGGAUGAGCAGGAGCUGGAGAACAUGCUGAAGCCUUUUGGUCAUGUGAUUUCCACACGGAUACUGAGAGACGCCAACGGCCUGAGCAGAGGAGUCGGCUUUGCCAGGAUGGAGUCAACGGAGAAGUGUGAUGUAGUGAUUCAAAAUUUCAACGGGAAAUUUUUGAAAACUCCUCCAGGAAUGACAGCCCCAGCAGAGCCGUUGCUGUGCAAGUUUGCUGACGGCGGCCAGAAGAAGAGGCAGACCCAGGUCAAGUAUCCCCAGAAUGGCCGACCGUGGACACGAGAAGGAGAGAGUGGUAUGGCAUUGACAUAUGACCCCACCACGAUGCAGAACGGGUUCUACUCUUCACCAUACAGCAUCUCCACUAAUCGGAUGAUUACACAGACCUCAAUCACGCCCUUCAUUGCUGCCUCUCCUGUCUCCACAUAUCAGGUCCAGAGUACGUCUUGGAUGCCGCAUCAACAAUACGUUAUGCAACCUACAGGGGCUGUGAUCACCCCGGCCGCAGCUCUAGAACCCAGUUUGUCUCUUCACCCCUCCAGCGUCAUGGCUCCUCUCACCCAGCAGAUGAACCACCUGGCCCUGGGAUCUACAGGCACUUACAUGCCUGCUGCAGCAGCUGCUCCUAUGCAAGGAACCUACAUUCCCCAGUACACUGCAGUGCCUGCAUCCGCCAUCACAGUGGAAGGUGUGGUGACAGAGCCGUCCCCACAGAGCACCGCCUCCUCCUCACAGGACGCCAGCGGCCAGCAGCCUUUAUCGGUGGAGAACACGGGAGAUCACGCCACAGCCUACUCUUUUCAGCAAACUAAAUAAUGAGAUCGGUCGGAUUCUUUGCAUUGCCUUCAGAAGGGCUGCACUGAAACGCCGAAGUCACACAGAGGAGUAAAAUUACAGGACAAAAAAAAGGUGACACGGACAACACUGAGGCGAGAAUGCUUCCACUGUGCACAGGGCCACAGGCACCAAAUAAAAGAAGAAAUGGAGUAAAAAAAACAAACAAACCUAUAUUUCUUACCCCGUUGUGCAGAGAAAAAGGCAGAAGAUAGAAAAAAAAAUGAUGGUGUGAGGACAAUGUGAGGAAUUGCCGUCUGCAACUUUGACUUUAUUGUUUCACAGCAGAACUUUGCCUCCAAGAGAAAAAAAAAAAGACAACAGAGUGAAAGUCAACAAAGAAGCUGUAUAGAAAAAAAAGAACAUUUGAAUGUGCAGGUAGAUUUUCAGACUUUUUUCUUUUUUUUUUUUUUUUUUUUACUAAAUAAGGAAGGAAGAAAAAUCUACAUAGAAAAAAUGGCCGUCUUCCUUUGAUAUUAAGCUACAUUAUUUUCAUUCCUUUUUCUGUAGUUUCUACAAAAUCAGUGUUUUCAUAAAUCUUUAUUGCCUUAAUUUUCUCAAACUUUGGGAGAAAUGUCUCCAUAGUGUUGAAUUAUUAAAAAAUAUAUAUAAAAAAAACUUAAAAAGGAGUUUUUGGGAGUUUCACAGUUCCCAGAGCUAUGGAGAUUAAAUCGACAAAGAUAUCUGUACAGGUUAAAGAAAAUAAGGUUGUGUUUGAAGGUUUUUAAAUUAUGUGGUUCAGUGCCAUUGAUGUUGGUCGGGAAAAAAAAACCUUUAACUUAGUAGUGGGAAGAGUGACUCCGCUGCUUCCUGAAAAGGCCGUUUGUUUUAAUCACGGGAUUCACAUUCGUGUUUUUUACUUCAUUGUUUUUGCUUGCAGCCUUUUCAGCUUGGAUACAUUUUUGCUUUGUCUGCCACGUGUGUCUCACUGCAAAAAUAAGUAAAUGAAAAAAUAAAAUUGAAAUAAAAAAAUAAAUAAAA